CGCUCCAGGAACCCAAAUUUGCAACUGCCCACGCUCUCUCACUACAACUCUCCCCGGUGUAUUUACCUUAUCAACUCCAUUCAUAAUUUAGGAGAGAGAGUGUGUCAAGACACAGCUUUGACUGUCUUCUAGCUCAGGGCCCAAAUACGGCAGCCGCUGCAGUGAAGUAAUUGAUUGUUCGUCUGUUGCUACUACUACUGCUCUGAACUUCUGCAACCAGCCUAGAGAGAAGGCGGUGGUCGGGCCUUUGUAGUAAAUUUGAGAAAGGAGCAGAGUCAUGAAAAGAGAACUAAUUAAAGAAAUUCAAUCGAGCUUACUGUGAAUCUUCUUGGUUCGUGGAGAGAAAUAAAGGGCAUUUCUUUCAUGGUUGGUAGGUAGGGUUUGUAGUUGAGAAAGAAGUUUUACUUGUAAAGGGAGGACAUGAGUAAUCUUACAAAUCAAAGGCAAGGCAAGUCACUAUUAGCAUAGACAAAGCAAACAAAGCUUUGCUCUGGAAGGGUGGGUUUGGUGUGAAACCCACUACCAAACUCAAAUUCUAGCAACAUGGAUGGUUAUGAAGCAACAAGGAUUGUGUUCUCAAGGAUCCAAAGCCUAGACCCAGAAGAUGCCUCUAAAAUCAUGGGUCUCCUUUUGAUUCAAGACCAUGGUGAAAAAGAAAUGAUUAGGUUAGCUUUUGGUCCGGAGGCCCUUGUUCACUCGGUGAUCCUCAAGGCCAGGAGAGAACUAGGACUCAACUCCCCUACAAAUACUUCUUCUAGUCCAUCACCUCCAUCUCUUUUUUCUAGCAACCCAAUAACAAUUUCUAGGCAAAUUUACCCUCCUGCAAGGCUUGGAUUCAGUAUCCCACCUUCUCUUACCGUCCCAAACCCUUCUUCAAAUGCAUCUUCGUCUUGGAGUGCUAUCUCUGACCUUCCAAGCCACUCUGAGGACUUGAUUAGUCCUAAUGGUAGUUCGCUUAAUCCUGCCUCUGCACCUUUCUAUGCUAAUGGUAGGGGAGGAGGAUCUGAUUUGCUAGAAGAGUUUCAGCUCCAAGACCAGCUUUCUUUCCUAAAUGAUGGCUCAACAAAUGUUGGACCCAAAAGCCCAGAUCUUUUUUACCCUCAACUGGACUCUUCGGCAGGUCCAAAUGCAGCGGGAGCUGCUGGUACUGAUUCUAUGCACUUCCCAUCUUACUGGGGUGGGCCUAUCCACCGGCGGAGCUGCUCCGUUAGCGAUAUCAUGGGGUCUGAGGAUCCUAGUUCCGGUUUUGGAUGGAGGCCUUGUCUUUACUUUGCUAGAGGGUACUGCAAGAAUGGGAGUAAUUGUAGGUUUAUUCAUGUUGGGAUCGAAGAAUCAGAUAAUACAUCUGUGGUUUCACCUAACAAGAUUGACACGAUGGAGCAGUGUCAUGAGAUGCUUAGAUCCAAGUCUGCUCAACAGCAGAGGUUAGCUGGUGCUUCUCAACUCAUGAGUUCUGCUUCUUUCCCUUAUUCUGCCAAGUGCAUGAACCUAAUUCAACCGCAGCAAUAUGAUAGCCUGAGGGCUGCUGCCGCUUCUGCUGCAUUGAUGGUGGGUGAGGAUAUGCACAAAUUUGGCCGAUCUCGGCUUGAUAGGAGUGAGUUGGUUAACUCCGCCUCAAGACAGAUCUACUUGACUUUCCCAGCUGAUAGCACUUUCAGAGAGGAGGAUGUUUCAAAUUACUUCAGUAUGUAUGGGCCAGUGCAAGAUGUGAGGAUUCCUUACCAGCAGAAAAGAAUGUUUGGGUUUGUCACUUUUGUUUAUCCGCAGACUGUAAAGAUAAUCUUGGCCAAAGGGAACCCUCAUUUUGUAUGUGAUGCUAGAGUGCUUGUUAAGCCUUACAAGGAGAAAGGCAAAGUUCCAGAAAAGUACAGGAAGCAACAGCAGCUGCAAGCAGAGAGGGGAGAGUUCUCACCAUGUGCUACCCUUACUUGUCUUGAUUCAAGAGAACCUUUUGAUCUCCAGCUUGGAGCAAAAAUGUUUUACAUUCCUGAAGACAUGUUUUGGAGGAGGAAACUAGAGGAACAAGCUGAUUUGCAACAAGCACUUGAGCUUCAAAAUAGAAGAUUGAUGAGUUUACAACUACUUGAUGUCAAGAAAGAUCACCACCACAGAGCGCUUUCAGCUGGAAGCCCAAUUCCUUCUUCCACACAUACUUCCAAUUUUUGCAAUCAUUCUCAAGCAUUUUCUUCACUUCACAUCAGCAGUGAAGUUCCCAAAGAGAAUAAUUGUAGCUUGGGGCCAUCCAUUUCUGUGUCUGCUCCACCUGAAAAGCAGACAUCAGGUGUUGCUUCUGCUAAAGAAUUCACUGGUGGUGAGGAGAAUGGCAGUGGGAAAGGGGGCUUCCAUGGUUUACAAGAGAGUUUGGAGCACAAUCUUCCUGAUAGUCCCUUUGCUUCUCCUACUAAAGAAUCUGGAGAGUACUUCUGUGCCUUCAUAAAUGGGGCUAGUGAAACUGAGAAGGACGCAACCACUGUGCCACCAUCUUCUGCUAACAACAAUUUGGUCACGUCAACUUUCAUGCCUGCUAGUUCUUCUAUAGAAAUGACGUCCUUCAAAUCCUUCAACUGCCAAUUACCUAGGUUCUCAUCUGGUCAUGGAUCCAUCGGUAUGUAUGCCGGCACAGGUGGGCCGACCUGCCCUGUUGGAAUUUAGCUUCCUAAUUUUUAGGGUGGUCGAGGAGUAUAACUAAACAAAACUCCCAUCAAAGAUAUGUAGAGAACCACCGUCGUCACCAGUGCUACCUUUACAACGUGUAUCGUCAUCCUGAUAACUACGUGCUUGCUACCAUAAAAAUUGCAUACGUGAAAGGCAGUAAGGAAGUGGUUUAGCCGUUCCUUUCUUUGUUUUACUAUUUUUAUCACUCAUCUGAGUAGUUGAAGUAAGUUGGACCACAGGUAAUUAAAGAAAGCCAAGGAAGAAAAAAUUAGGAAAACAUAUAUACUUAAUAUACGCUAGUUGUAACGUUUAUGGAACUGUAAUUUCCUCCCUUUUUUACCCUGUUUUCUACCGCUGCUGUCUUCCUUGGAAGAAACAAAUUAUAAAGAAGGCCUAUGUUUGGUGCA